UAAAUGUGGCCUGAUACUGGAAACGAUGCUUUACUCAUUGGUUCAAAAGCAUUACUGAACGUAAGUAUAUAUACUGGAACAUUCAAAUGCUAAUGCAGCAUUUCUUUUCCUUUCUCUCUGGUGACUGCAGCCAGUAAAAGGAAAAUAAAUACUCUGCACCUCGGGCAUGUGUUGCUUAGCAGCAAAGUUAAACAGGACAAAGCUGCUUUUGCCCUCCUGCCAUGGCUGUGUGAGGAGGCAGUUUCGUUUUUAUCUGAAGCUUGUCUGAAGGUUCUCUACUCGCUCUUUCAGCUGGAUUUGUGAAGCUCAUUUAAAACUCACGAGUAAAAGAAACAACUAAGUAUUCCUCCUUUGGGACGAGGUGAACUAAUGCUGGACAAGAAUGGCUGAUUGACUGUAAUACAAACAAGGAUUAACAGCAGUGACCAGACCAGUUCUUACCUGACCACAUUUACACAGAACUGCUAUAUGAAAUUGAGCACCAUGGCUAAAGGGAAGAAGGGUGGAUCAAAGGGCAAAAAGAUCACCUUGAAAAUGGCCAAGAAAGCCCUCAGGGUUACACCUGAGGGAAAACGACGGCUCGAUCUCAGCAACAUGGGUAUUGACACCUUUCCAAAAUGUCUCCUAAAACUGACUGACCUGGAGGAGGUGGACCUGAGCCGCAAUCAGCUGAAGAAGAUCCCAGAAUUCAUUGGCCAGCUCAUUGGUGUGCUCUGGCUUGACCUGCACAGUAACUACAUUGAGCAACUGCCGAAAAGCAUCGGAGAGCUGGAGUCUCUGUGCCACCUCAACCUGUGCAACAACAGCCUGGACUCGGCUGGUUUACCUGCUGACAUUGGCAACCUGAGGAACCUGCAGACGCUCAACCUGGGAAUGAACCGACUCACUGCUCUUCCUCCCACCAUGGCUGCUCUGACCAACCUGAGAGAGCUGGGCCUGUUUGACAACAUGCUCACUGUGCUUCCAGAUUAUAUCCUAAUGUUGCCCAACCUAAAAAAAAUCAACACCAAACGCAACCCAGUAGCCUAUGCUCAGAGAGACGCCAAAGACACAAGAGCAACUGAAGGCCUGUAUUUGGUGAGGGAGGAAGAUCUGUGUAAGCUUUGUCUGGAGAAAUGCAGGGAGGAAAGGCAGAGACAGGAAAGGAAACAGCUUUCACAUCAGUCUCAAAGGAGAGGUAGACUUUCAGGGCUGAUCACACCGAACUCAGUGGUACGCAGCAAUCAAGAGCUGUGACACUAGACUUCAUGCUGCUCUACUUACUGAGGCCAACUAAAGGAACUAAAUUGCAUAAUAUCGGACAUUUUGCGUUUUAUUUUUAUGUUUUUGAAUAAAUUAAAAUACAUUAUCCAAAAUCCAUGAACGAUUCCAUGAAUAUAGUGUAUGUAGUUAAUUAAUGAAGAAAUGUAAUUAUUAGUUAUGUAUAAGCAAACUGUUCUGACCUUGCUGAGUUUAUCAAUAUCAAGUUCAGCAAUCAGCAAUCAAGUUCAAUGAGUUCAGCAAUAUCAAGCCGAAAACAACAAAACACCCUAUAUGUAUUCUACAUAAAAUAAAAAGGAAGAUGGUGUAAUUUGUAUUAUCAAAUUACGGGAAUUAGUUCACAGUCACAUAAAGUAAAAAAAGCAGUUUUUAAUCGGAGGAAGUUUUAAUUCUGCAGGCAGCAGUUACUGGCGUGUUUCAUCAGAUUGGUUGGAGGAUUGAGGAUUGAGAGAAUUUCUGUCACUCAUUAACAAUGUGUAUACAAUGUCUUUCCCAGAAGCCUUUAGACAUGAGCUGUCUCCUCUCAAUCUGCCUUUGGUUUUGAAAAGGCAGCUUUGGGAGAGAUGAUGGUACAGAAGCACAGGGACACUUACCUAACAAUAUGCAUGGCCUCUGUCACCCCUCUUCCCUUUAAUGAAGGCACUACAGAGCAUAAUCUAGAGAAAGAACACAAGCAAGAUCAAUCUGGCUUUGCCCUGUCUAACCUCACGUACUCAUCGACUGGUAUACACACCCACAUUUCCCACCUUUUAAAAGCACUGACAUGA